UACAACUACCUCGUCUCUGUCCUCCGAAGUAGUCGUAGUCGUCUAUCUAUCCGACGCGCAACAGCAACUCUGCCGUCCUACCAUCCCGCGGUGGUUCACGAGCGAGACUCCACGCUCCGUCCUUCUUCCCUCGCCUCCGUCUUCGUUUUCGCUUUCUCUUUCCUCCGCUUCACGCUCGGCCCUUUCUUCUCUCUUUCUCCCCGCCGCCACCCUCUCCGCACCCCUACCCGUUUCCCUCUCGCUCCCACCAUCUCCGCGCGCUGCGUGCGCGAAUGUUCGAGGAAGGCCCUCGUUCGUGUGACCUGUGGUUUCUCCGGCGUUUUCCUACCCUUAGUGCGAGAACAGUACCCAUCCGCAGUCCAUCAUUCGCCACGCAUUCGCGAUUCCCUCUUUCGUUGCUCGAGUUUCGCGAUUAACCGCGAAUCGAUGAUCCACGGUGCAUCCACCUUCUCGCGUGUCGUUCGACUCUUCUCAUCGCGUCUCGAAGCACCGCAACUUGUCAGAGACUUGUGCGAAUCGUCGAUCCGAUCCAGUAACAAAUAGAUAUACGAAAUACCGCAAGACGACGAUUCAACGAUAUUUAUUAUCGCCAAUGGACGAUCAUCAACGGGGAGUGAUUAUCGCGAGCGAUUAACGAGACAGUGACUGGGGAAAGUGACUUGGCGCGUUUACAUGUACGUAAACGUUUCCGCGAACGGACUAGCUGCCAACGAGAAAGGGUGAAAGAGGAAAAGGCUGCGUGUCGGACUGCUAGCUGGUAAACGAUGGUCGGAUGAAAGAGGAGAAGGUAGUAGGUGCCGGCACACGCACGUACGCAAGCCACGCACUCACACCAACAGCAGUAAGAGGAGGAGAAACAGGAGGAAGGUUGUGGUCGAAGGACGAAAGAGGGGUGAAAGAGGGUGGCCCUCGGAAGGGUGGGCCCUCCAAGUGUCUCGUCUCGCGUCAUCCCGUCUAGGGUAUCGCUUACGAAUGUCGCGUGAUCGGACGAUACGUGUCCGAUCCAGCACGAGAACGAGCAUAAACAGGAACACGAAAGACGUCCUGCCGACGACGACGACGACGACGACGACGACGACGACGACGGAGGCGUCGCGACGCGUCCGCUAGCCUACGCAGUUAUCACCGUCGGCAACCAGCCACGGUCUCCGAUUGAUAUGCGACGCGAGCCGCGAUUCGAACUGAUCCGCGUGUCGUCGGAUGAUAGACCGUGUUCUGCCGUCGGACUGUCGUUGACGGAGGACCGUCCCGUCCGUCUCUGACGGGGCGAUCGCGCGCAGUCUUUCGUACACAGUGACUAUUCCUUCGAUUCUUGUAUUCUUCCCGGUGAGACAGAAUUGGAGAGUGCCCCGUACCGAACGGGGAUCCACGAACCUCGCGUCGGACACUUCGGUCACGGGUCGACGAUGUCCGGUGAAACGGAGAUCGAGGUGUCUGUGGUGUCCGAGGAGGAUUUAGAGCUGGAGGGAUCCAGAAGCAGCUCGACGCCGGCGGAGCUGCUGCUGCAAGAGAAGAACGGGAAAUCCGGUUGCGGAUUAAACAACCAUCAUUCGUUCAGUUUCGACGUUGGCAAGCCGGCGCUGAGGCCCGCUUGCAAUCCUCAAUACACCUCGUUCAGCAUUUCGAGCAUUCUCGGCAGGCCCGAGUCGCCACCGGUCGACUCCACGUCGACGGUGUCCGCUGAGAGGCAAUCGUCGGACGUCGACCGCGGAUCACCGAUCGCGCAGAAUUCCCAGAGGAUCGGUUCCUCCUGCGACAGCCCUGCCCCUGCCAGGGCACUGUCCUCGCCGACGUCUUUGAGAUUCGCUGGUAGUCAAAGAGCCUCGGCCGUCGGCCAUCCCAUCGAGACCAGGAACAACGCGACUAGUAUCGGAAUCGGAUGCGCUACCAGUGCUACCAGCCCAGCGACCACGUUUUCACCGCCAACCGACGUUCCUGCGAACCAUCUUCUCGGUCACCAAGCGUCGGCCGACCUAGCCAUGCUGUCAAGAUUGGGCCUGAUGUCGUCGUUGAUAGCGAGCCGAUAUCCAGUCGGGAUCGGCGUCGGCGGGGUGUUCUUUCCGUCGACGUUGCAGCAUCUCCACCAGCAUCAGCAACAGCAACACCAGCAUCACUCGCGGCUGGCCGUGGCCUCGUCGGCGCUGAGCAACGCGGUCCAGGUGACCGGCCAAUCGGACAUCGUCGACGCCGACGGCAUCCGAAGCGUCCUACCCGGCGGCGCCGGUUGGCCGUUUCCAUGGAGGCCGACGCAUGGUUUGCAGACUCUCGAGCAUCCGUCGCCGAGCGACGUCGUUGGCACCCUGACUCGCGUCAGCCCCGCUUCCGCUUCCUUCCCGCAAAGGGACGAAUUGGACGAGGAGAAUGGCGAGGAUCGAUUGCAUCGGACGCGAAGUCCAUCGACGGGCGACGAAGGCCACGACGACCUCGGCGAACAGGACGACUGCCCGGAAGCGGAUGGCGAAGGCGAAUCUACGAAUUCGACGAGUCUGCACGGCGGCAGCGGGGCCGGAACAGGGGGCUCAGGCGGCGUGGGUGGCGGGCCAGGGGGAGGUGGCGGCGGCGGUGGUAACGGCGGAAACGGUCAGAACAGCGUGCAAGUCGGCGUGGACGGCCGCGACUCCAACAGCAUGAAGAGGAAGAAGAAGACGAGGACCGUGUUCUCGAGAUCGCAGGUGUUCCAACUGGAGAGCACGUUCGACAUGAAACGGUACUUGUCGUCGUCGGAACGCGCCGGACUCGCGGCCUCGUUACGGCUGACCGAGACCCAGGUGAAGAUCUGGUUCCAGAAUCGUCGUAACAAGUGGAAACGGCAGUUGGCCGCGGAACUGGAGGCGGCGAACAUGGCGCACGCGGCCCAGAGACUGGUCAGGGUGCCGAUAUUGUACCACGAGGCGUCUGCCGGAAGCGGAACGUCCGGGAGCGUCUCGGUGUCGGUGGCUACGCCGGUGGCGGCGUCGGCCGCCGCGCCGGUAUCGGUAGCCACGUCGGCGCUCUCGCACUCGGUCGGCGUCGGCGUCGGAGUCGGCGUCGGCGUCGGCACCUCGUGUCCCCCGACCACCGCCCAGCCGAUCUUCUACUCCCAUCACCAUCAGCACCACCAUCAUCAUCCGGCUCACGUGCAGGCGCACACUCUCCUCCCCCACCAAGUGCACCCUCAACCGCCGCCGCCACCGCCGCCCCCGCCUAACGGCCAACCACCCCAAUCCGCCUCGCAAUAACACCGUCCGGCUCACGAGACCGUCGGCCCGCUCCAACCAACCAAAGCCAACGCCGCCGCCGCCGCCGCCACCAUCGCCGCCGCCGCGCUCCCGCUCUCCCUCGAGCGGCUCGCCUCGAUCGCUUUGUCCUUGUCCGGCUGCUCCGGAUGAACCUCCUCUCCCGAGUCUCGAGCACCUCUGUCUCUUCUAGGCCGAGCCUUCCAGAGAAAGGUUUCGAACUGCGAUCGGAUCCGAAUUGCACGAUAUCCGGCUACACGAAUACCUCGCGUAUCGUCGGCUCCGAUUCGCGUGCGACUGCUAGACGAGACGGCGACGGCCGUGCCACAUCGUUUCGGAUCGAUGGGAGGAUCGGUGCUCGGCUGCGGUUGUGUCACCGCCGCGGUUCAACGCGACUCGCGACUUGCUGCAAGUCGUAUUGUAAUAUAAGUAUGUAUGUAUCUAGUCUAUCACUGGUCGAUAAGAAACUGCUCGUGGAACGGUUUAAUCGAGAUAUUUUGUCGAAGCGCGCGGAACCACCACAGUUCUGUCCUUCUCUUCUCUCUACUUUCACCUGUAAGUACCUUUCAUUUCGUUACUUCCUUUACUCGUUCGAACGUUCAAUCGAAUUCUCUCGUUCUUUUUUUAUUUUUUUUUUCUUUAUUUGAAUUUCGUUUAAUCGGGAACGUUGCAAAAGCGAAAACGGACAGUCUCGAGAAGCGUGAAGAUGAAUGGACGAUCCGAAAUUGUAACUAGUUGUUUAAGCACACCGUAAGACACACAGGCAGGGUUCCUACAUUAUUCUACCAGUUGUGAUAAGUAUUUAAACGAUUAAUUUUAUUAAACGAAACGGUAUAGAGUUUACGACACGCUCUUUUCCCUCUCCUUUAUUGCAUUAUAUCUGCGUACAGGUACUCAUCCAUCUUCGAUCUGUAAACGUCAAUUAAAAAGGAGAAAGAAAGGAAGAGAGAAAUUCAGACGGCCCGCCUAUCGCCAUGUUUUUUACGGACAAUUGUGAUCCGAGAAUUCGUUUCAAAAUUAUUCUAUGUACAGCCGAUCGUUUCGUAAUAAUCACUAAUAAUGAUCGUUGAACCAUACGCAUCGUCAUUUGCUCUGUCUUCACCCACUCCGUCUCGUUAUCCCAGCUACUUAUCCAAUUUUCAAACUUGCAAUUUCAUCGAGUCUAAAUCGAAUUUCAAACAUGCUGCGGUAUUGCCUCGAUAUAAGCUCUCAAUCAGAUGCUGUCUCUUUAUACGUAGUAAAAUUUCUCCGAUAUCCCCAUUCGGAGCGGAGCAUAACCGUACCUUAUCGUAUACCGUUUCGUUACACAUAUGUACAUAGUAUAUACAUUCUUAGAUAGAAAUUUAUAUAUCGACUCUACCCAGUGUAAGUAUAUAAAGUAAUAUAAUCGGUUCCUGAUUCCCUGAACGUUUCACUUAUACGUAUAUGGAGGCAAUACCGUAAACCAAUCAGUUGGAGAAAAUGAAAAUAUUUUAUAAUGCCGUUGCGGGAAAGGAACAAGGUGUGUAGGUAUGUAUGAUAUGUAGAUACGGGUUUGAAAACAAAGUCUUUGUUCGAUA